AAAUUGUUUCAGUCGAUUGUCAUUCAUUCAAAAUUUCUAAAUAUGUCACGUUGAUCAAAAUUUCAAUUGCAUCCGAAUUUCUAAAUUCCGGUUCAUUAUUUUCGUCAAGCCAUAGUUUUCGUCCAAAUUAAAUCGUUUUAGAAGAAUACAUCAAAUUCGCAAAAAUGUCGUGUCCAAACGAUCCAGCGAAUGUUAUGGAUAACAUCAAACAUUUGGUCGAUGUUUUAAAAGAGUCCUUUAGCUGUACGCCCGAUUGUCCCGGAAAAUGCGGAGCUCCUCCGGAACCAAAAAAACCAAAAGAACCGGGCGGCAUCAAUAUUAGCGACACGAAGAACAGCAUCAAGGUCCUGUUCCACAAUCAGGAGAACCAGUCGCCCAAGCAUCGAUUGAAGAAAUUUCAAACGGUAGUUUACGAGCUGCCCAAAGGCGAUCGGGAGAAUGGACGGGAAAAGUCGGCGGAGCAGCUCAAAAGCGACAAUCAAAUACCGAACAUAUACCUGAUUAAUUACAAUCAGCAAAUGGAAAAGAGCCAUUUGCUGAAAGACGUCUGGAAGAAGAGCAAAUCGAUGGUUCACAAAGAGAACGAUUAUCUACCGUUCACCACCCACCACCCGAAGAUAUACCGAUUGGAGAACUGCAAAUCCUCUAAGAGCGACAUUUAUUGCGGCGAAAAGAAGGCGGUCGACACCGAAUUGAGGGCUAGCCACUUUAUAAAAUGCACUUGCAAAAAACGAUACGGGCUGCAGGACCUGUGCGACAGGACCGGCUGCCACGGCUCGGCGCAGUGCGCUUGCAAUCCCCCCUGCUGCCAGCCGAGCCACCGCGCCGAAACGGUCGCCGAAAAACCGAAAUCCAAGCCGCGCUACUACAAGAUCAUCGCCAAGAAACCCGCCGACGGCGCCCCGCACGCCAAAUACCUCAAACUGGUGCGCGUGCGCAGCGACAACCGACUGCCCUCCGAACUCAAAGUCCUGCAGCCGCCGAAAUUCGGCCUGCUCGGCGACCAGUUGCAGAGCGCCUUCGCGCAAACGGUGCUGACGUGCUCGCCUCGCUCGAGCAGCAGCAAAGACGACGGCUCGUCCAAAGAGAUCACCAGCAGCGACGGCGAGAGCUUGUUCAUGUACAUGCCCGAUUUAAGAACGCACGAGGCCAAAACCGAGUUCACGCAAACGGAGAAACUGAAAAAUUUCCAAAUAUACCACGACUACCACUUCGCCUCGAAGAAGACGAGUUGCUCGGACCUCUGCAAAUCGGACAGUUCCUCUUCCAAAAACGAUUCGAUUCCUCCCGAUUGUAAGCGCGCCCAACGCGCCCCGACUUCCUCCAGCUCCACCGAAACCGACGAGGCCCUGAGCGUCCCGUACUAUCGAUGCGACAAAAAGUACAAGAAACUCCUCAAGACCUACAAGAUCCGCAUCAAAUCGACGCUGGUCUGCGACAAGGAGAGCGCAACCAGCGACAUACCACCGCUCAAAUGCAAAUCGAUCAAACUGAACGAGAGCCAGGCCAAGAAACUGAAGAAUACCAUCAAGCAAUCCGCGACCGCCAAGCGGAAGAUUCUGGCUCCGUUGAUAUUCGAUUCCAGCAACGACGAGCUCGACACGCAGACCAACAUGCUGUACAAAAAACUGGACGAAACCGUUUGGAUGGAGUCGAUUUCCACCAGUUGCGAUAACAUCAGCGACGCUCGCACUCCGAGAGUCAACAGGGAAACCCAAUCGGACAACGAAAACGCCCAGUUGAUAAAAACCUACACCAUAACGCGCCGGGGCGAUUUGAACUUGGAACGGGAGGUCUCGACGCCGGCGUGCAGCCAGUACGAGUCCAUUUCCAAAAGCGAAGUGACCACCGGGCAGUUCAAAUUGACCGUGGACAGGCCGUUUUACGAAAGCACCGCUACCGGGUUGAUGUAUUGCCCGAAUUGCUCGCUGGUCACCACGUCUAGGCGACACCAAAACGCCUCGAAUAAAGAAGAUGUAACUAGCGAAGACAGCGGUAACGCGGACAACAACAAAGGAGACGAUAGGAUCGUGGAUUUGUUGAUCAAAACGAAUUACAACGGAAAUGAUAAAGCGAAUAACAACGAUGUUAUUAACAUGUUUUUAUCGCAGAAUUUGCAUACUUUAAAGCCUUUAUGUGGGUACAAGUUAGCGGAAAUAUCGAAGGAGCAGCACAAAUGUUCUCUAAAACCGUGCAUUAAACACUCGAACCAACCGUUGUUGCUACCACCGGAAUCCGAAGGAAAUAAAACGCAGAAUCUAGAAGAUGCGAUAAUUCCGGAAAACGAGGAGAAAUCCGAAGACGAAUUCGAAGAAGAAAACGACAGACUCACCGAGGAGAACACCAAGCAAAACGAGUAUUUCGCAAAAGCCGCAGCGGAAGAACAGGUAGACGAAUCGACGGGCGUUCAAACUUCCCAAACGAAUUGCCAAGUGAAUUAUUUCGAGGUGUUGCACGAUGGAAGAAGGAGUUUUUUCGAUGCCAGCGUGAGCACCUCCACCGCUGUCACGGAUCUUACGGUUUUAGAAGAGGACAACAUGGGAAUGGAGGUUUCCGCGAAGAAGAAGAAAGUCCGGUUUGCGAGUUGCCCUAAUCUCAACAAAGACGCGACCUAAUCGAACGCGAUUUUGCGUUGUUUACGGGCUUUUGUAGUCUUAAGACUAAAAAAAUUGCUAGUUUUUUUUUCAGGAAUAUUUAGUAAAUUUUUUGCAUGCGGAUUAUUCCUUAUGGAAAAAGAUAUUACAUUUAUUUAACAAAUUAAAUAAUAGUAAUAUUUAUUGAGCAUUGCAUUGCAAAUGGAGCUUUUUAUUGUAGGUUUUUUAAUGUUAUGUGAAACGUGAAAAUGUGCA